CUCUCGAUCCCCCAUUUGACCCUUUGCUACAUGCCAAUCUGAUGAAAGCAGGAAACAAGCCUCCGUCUACCACUACGCCAGGAAAACCAAAGAAAGCCACCACCUUCCAAGAGUUUGAGAGCAUCACCAGUGAUGCCUGGGAUGUGGGAGAUGAUGAUGAUGAACUUCUCGCUAUGGCAGCCCAAAAUCUCAACAUUGAGGUUGUCAUGGAGACAGCCAAUAAGGUGAUAGAAAACCACAGCAAGCUGCAGGAAAGAAGACAGCAGCAGAUGGGCAAGAUGACUGAGCCCGAUGAAAAAGAUGGACAGGAAGCACACGAGGAAGAGGAGGAAGAGCCCGAUGAAGAGGACGAGAGAGAGGAAGGGGCCGAGAUGACAACAGAUCUGUCGUUCAGUUCAGAGACUCUUCCACUAAGUGACAACAGAAUGGUGAAGAAGUCACACAGUGAAGCUCCUGUCGGCUCACCUAAAGAAGUGGGCAUUGACCAGGCAGUACUACACAGACAGCAGUCACUCCCGCACAGGCCUGUGAUUCCACUGGUGGCCCGCAUGGCGGAUCAGAACACAUCUGGGACUCCUGCCAUGACCCAGAGAGAGGCGUCAAGACUCGACAAGUUCAGGCAGGUUCUGGCGGGACCUAAUACUGAUCUGGAAUGCUUUGGCUGGGGACCCACUGUCCUGCAAAGUUUCCAACCCGUUUCAGCUCACCUGGCCUGUGAUGUUUCAAGUGAUCCGGAAGAGCUUGAUUAG